CCAUGGCGACUGGCUCGGAUGUUUUGUUAGAGCACCUGCUGCUCCAAGUCGCCCUUUCUGGUGACAUCGCACUGAGUGCUGCUUUUGUUGAAUACAACAACAACGCUGUCGAAGAAGACAACAGUAAAGAUGAAGACAAUACAGACGAUGGAGAUCUCCUCUUUUCCUUGAAACCGCCUGGUGCGAAUUCGACUGCGAACUCGCAAGCUUCGGAUCCGCAACACCUCGAAAAGCUUUGGACUUGGCUCGUCGACCACCCUGAUGUUACUGUCACCCAAAAUCCCUCUGCUACGGAUGAUCCAUAUGGAAGGUUCACUGAAAUCGACCCUUCCAGUCCACUCGCUCCAGUCUUUGCUACCCAUGCCAAGGAGAGAUUGUACACUACCGAGCAUCGAGUCUGGCAUGCCCUUACCGAACAUGAUGUCGACUGGAAACGUAUUCCGAAACUCGAGUUUCACUGUCUACAAGUCAUCGCUGCCGCAGGUCGCGAAGGCGUUCUCCAGCCAGAUGUCACCAGAAUCACUGGCCAAGACAAACGCUCGGUGCCAAAACGUACCGACUCGCUUGCCACCAAGGGCUACAUUACCAAGGAGAUGUGCUUAGGUGGUGGGAUCAAGACCAGUUUGCUUCGUCUAAAGAAACUGGUACUCGAACCCACUUCUACAUUCUACACGAUAAAGGCAAAGGCUGGUAAAGGCGAAGGCAGCACUCGUCGCAUGAUCAACUAUGAGCAAUGGUUCAGCGAAGUCAUGACCACUUUGAAGAAGCAUGAUGGUCUCAUUGCAUAUGAAGACUUGCGCAAGGAGAUGGGCAUCCAUGGAUCACGUUGGGAGACCAGAGCUCUUCAUCGAUGCAUCAAGAGACUGGAGAGAGCCGGCUGUGUCCAGAGACUCCGCGCUCGUCUGGAAGGCGCACGUCCCAAACAGGCAAAGAAGCAAGCUGAAGGAGUUACUCCAGCUUACGAUCAUCGCUACGAGAUUGAUCCCGAAGCUCCCACCGAAAAGGUCGACGCCGAGAAGACUGAGCACGAUUCAGAGAACGUAUUCUGGAUUAGAUGCAUCAAGCUGAUGCGCGAACCUGUCGAAAAAGAUCUCGAAGCGUUCACCUCUACAAUCAAGUCUGGCAAGGUUGGCAAGGCCGUUGAGGAUCAGGAGUCCGAUGCAGAAGCCGAUGCUGACGAAGAUGAUGAUUACGUCGAGAUUGAUGUUGCGGCUUUGGACGGACUAGGCAAGAUGACUGAAAUCACCAGGCGUGUGCCACCUCAAUGGCGACCGGACAUGCAUCACACGCAGUUCUUCCAGCAGAUCAUUGCAAGUGCUGGAACUAAGGGGUUGAGCACCAUGGAUCUUGCCAACUUCGGACUGGGUCCUUUCUGGCGACGUCCGCUCGACGAGAUCAUGGGUAGGCUCACCGAUGUCUGGACCGUAUCACAACCUCUCCAUCUUCGCCAUCUUGCCACCGUCAGAGAUACUUCCCAGCUGCACAGAAUCUCGCACUAUGUAUUUCGAAGCUACCACAACUUCCAGAAAAUGGUGGAGAAUGGUGAGGCCAAUUGGGAGGCAAUCGACAUCAACCCAGCAGAAAUCCAAAGAAAGCCCGAUGUUGACAACUGGGGCUUCCCUAAAGUCAAGCCAUCCACCAUGGUCGGUCACGAUGGCACGCACAACAUUGCCGCUUGCAAGAACGUUCUUGUCAGAUCGAAAAGCAAGCCGAAGAGACCUUUGUGGGAGAAGAAAGCAUUUACCUCCGCCGAUCCACUAUCAAGUAUAAGCGCUCUUAAGACACCCAGAAAGAGAGCCACACCUUCCGAAGUGCCUUUGUCAGCCGCAAAGCCAGCUGAACCUGUCGAAGAUGGAGAAGAUGUCACUCCUGUCUCUACACGCCCAUCGACAAACAAGAAGAAGGUGUAUAAAGUCAUGUUCAAGAUGAACCCCAAACGUGUCGAGGCUGAGCUCAACGAGUGGAAGGUCAGAUCGCACAAGCUCGCUGUUUCGAAAGCAAAAGCAGAGCUUGGUUUGAACGUCAAGAAGGAUGUGACCAAGCCAAAGAAGCGUCGCAGAUCUACCAAGGUCGACAAGGCUUAUCCUGAGCCUGGAAUACUUGGCCAGGCCCUUGCUCCAACUUCAGAAUCCUUGACAGCUGCUUCAUCAGACGGACCUGUCCUACAAGCGUCCAAGAGGGUAACAGAGAUCACGCCAUCACCGUCGACUGAAACCCCUGAAGAGCAACCCGGCCUAGAGGACGCCGCCGCACUGGCUCAGGGUCCCACUCAAAGCGAUACAAAUGCUGCCGAGAAGUCUGACGCUGUUCCUACCGAGAAGAUGCUCGUCAACUCAGAGCUUGACAAGCGUGUGGCCGAUAUUGAGCUUGAGACCCUUAACAUGGCCAAGCCUGGCGUCUACAUCAACCCUCCGGGCUCUGGUCAGCUGAAAAACGACGUGACGCAGCCGAAGGGGCGCCCUUCAAGGUAUCUCAUCGCUGUCUUCAAGUCGGAGAAGUUGAAGUCUCUGCCAUGGUUCACCGACGAGGACUCUUAUCGUUCAACGUCUUCGCAGGAUACGACUCCGGAGCCGAGUUUUGCACAAUCAGAGCCAAAAACACCGGCUUCGGUGCCUGUGAUCAGACACAGUGAGCCUGCUCAAGCAGAUGACAUGCCCAGAUGGGCCACGAUGAACUCGGAGGCACCGGCUCCGACAGCACCCUCGCUUCCUGCAGAGUCCGAGAAACCUAAAGACGAAAUUAUCAUCAAGAGAGGCAGGAGAAUUCAAGUUCAGAGGCAGGGCAAGCGUAAGGCCUACGAGCCGUUACGACAAAAGGUCGCGAAAAAGCUUGCUGUCGAACAGGCUGUCGAUGAUGGCAAAUGGAGGCCUUUGACUGAGCUCGAGGCAUACAACGCGCAAGUCAUGAAAUCACCUCCGAGUACACCCUUGUCAUCGAGGAGAGCAGUACCAGUCCUGGAGACACCGUCUCCUGCUGUCUCACAACUAUCCUUUGAUACUCCUGGUUCUAUCGUACGUCCUGCAGAAAUAUCACCGGAGGACCUCACUGCAGUGGAUUUACUUCUUCAGAGAGCCGACAGUGUUCCGUAUGAGCCAGAAGAGGGUCUUCAAGUUGUAGCAGAGGAACGGCAGGCCUCCGCUGGAGCCGCGGACAGCGACGUACAAAUGGAAAACGCAGGUGCAGCUGACAACGUCGAGCUGGAGACUCACGCGACAGCAAUACCAUCACAGGUUACUGAACAAGAACCAGAAGAACCACAACCGCAGCCGAUUGAACCCCAGCAAGUGCAAUCCACCCAUGUCACGAACUCACAGAAGAUUCUUGAGCCUUUCUUCCGAAGAGCUUCCAAACGUCCCGACAAACCAGCACCUCCUGUCGAAGAAGUUACUGAGGAGACUGGCUCAACAAGUACACCUGCUCCGUACAAUCCAUUUGCCAAGAUAGAAGUCAAAUCGGCCGCCACCGCAGCUCGCUUCGCUUCUCGCGCCAAAGCUCCCUCCAAAGUCGGUGUUGGCCGCUCUGGAGGUAUCGUCAGCUACAAUCGCAACAGGGUGCUCCUCGAGAUUGUACACCAGAAUGGCGGCAUGUUUGGUGGCGAUAGAGAACUCUAUUAUCCUUUUGUCACAGUAUGGGACAGAGAGUUUCAUCGCCGACCUGAUCGUCAUACUCUAGACCGAGUUUUGAACGGGCUCAUUGAAGAAGGCAGACUGAAGAAGGAGCCCUUUUCAUUCUCCGCAUCUGACGGAAAGAUCUUCACCAAAACGCUGGUCAUGGAGCCACACAUCGAUCCAGACGGCCCAGAAGCACAGGCACUCAAACAAAAGAUCAUCGAGUGUCAUCCAAUGACCUAUGUCCCUGAGGGGAUUGAAGUUCUGCCCGAGCUCCGUCUUCGUAUUGAGCACGAUCUGAGAGGUGGCAAGGGCAUACCAGAUGUGCACAAUCCCAACAGUUCCUUCAUCUACGAUCCCACUGCUGUCGUCAGCCGUAUCGAGGGACCUACAAAGGUUCAACUCGGUAUGACAGAAGCCAGAAUGAAGAAGGGCGUGACAGCCAGAAGACGCAGACGCGAAGAAGAAGAAAGACGCCAAGAGAGGUACAUCCAAGCACAGAUGGAAGAAGAUAUUGACAACGCUGUGGCUGCUCUGACGACAGAUUUCCAGCUUGACUCUUAUCAACACGAUCCGUCCAGAGCGGUUGUUGAUAGAGGUCCGCGUGGUCGUGGAAGACUUGCCAAACUGCAACGCUGGGGUGCAGAAGACCAAAUCGUUCCCAGACGUGCUCUUGGUUUACUCACAACGACCGGAAGAGAUGACCAACUCGAAGCAGAACAGAACAGUCGUGAUGCAGUGGCAGCUGCUGAUUUUGGUGUGUUGAAACCCCAGCUGAUCCCUACUAUUCCCUCAAGAGAAGUACCCACAGCGCCUAGGGUCCGAUUCAACGUCCCUCAAGAGCCUUCUCUCGCACAGAUGUUGCAUCAGAAGCAAGCAGGCACAUUCAGCGUUAUUGACGCUUUGUCCAUGACUGCUCCUUAUCAACGUUUCCAUCGUCAAUCAGGAACGUUCUCAACUGAUCCUGUUGUUAUUACCACGUCUAGCCAACAAUCACGCUAUGGCUUCGUUGGUCAGCAGAUGCAAAUUCCAAAGUCUCUUGCAGAUAUCUUCAAGCAGGCUGGAGAGGAAGCCACCUUGCUUGAGUUGCCUUCAGAAAGUCCACAUGUUGCAUACGACAUACCGCGAUUCGCAGCUGUUGGUGUCACCAGACUUCCAAGAUUACAUUCUGCAAGACCACGUCCAGCACCGAGACCUCAACCAGAGUACAGAUCUUAUGGAGCCAAGGCAGUGUUGCCACGUUCCAGCAGGACCGGUAUCUUCUCCAUGUCUGAAAAGGAAGAACAACGCCUCAUCUAUGCUGUUGUGGUUGUCAAGACUCUUACCGGAGGCUUGGAGCAGAUUGUCAACUGGGGUCUUGUGCACCAAGUCUUCCACUACAAGUUUGAUCCUAACUACUGCCGUCAUCGUUGGGUGUUCCUUAGACCCAAGCUCGGCGGUACGGCGGAUAAGCUGCAAGUCGAAUUCCAAAAGUUGUUCCUCGAAGCUUACGAGAGUGGCGAGAUACCUGGCAUCGACUUUGUGGAGCCAGAAAAGUAUGAUUGGUUGGCCAUCGUUGAAUGGGCUGAAAGAAGACUCUCUCAGACAAACCCUUUGAAUGGACUUCCAGAGCUGCCUAAGAGUAGAGAAGUCCUGGACAAGCGCUUCGACGUCAGACACGCUACUGAGGUGUAUAACAUUCCCCGAGAAGACUUCUGGGUUGCUAACGUUACACAUCUGCGCAGAGAAGAGCUGGCAAACAGCUGGACAUUCGCCCGUCCACUUGCAGAAGCUGCAGAUCCUGUUCAAAAUGAUGACGACCUCAUGCUCGCCUUGUCAUGGGUUCGCGCCAAUGUCAUCACUCCAGAUCCUGUAUAUGAUAGUAACCAAGCACACGAGAAGCUCAUUAGAAUUGAGCAACUUCUUCCGCAAGCACUCGAUCAUCUGCUUGGAGCCAAGAUUAUUCGUAUGGAGAAUAAGGGCCGCCAGAUUCCCGGACGUAACUACGACAUUUCAGAUUCCGUCCUGACAAUGUUCAAACGCCAAUGGGACUUCCCUGGCGAGAUUGGCCCACGUCUACCUAUUUGGACCGACAUCCAUGGCAACGUCAUCAAAGUUUACUGGGAGAUGACAGUCAUGGCUACACUCUGGCUCUUGGCCUUCAGACCAGGCCUCAAGAUCGAGGAUAUGUGCAAAGGUGCAUACAAAGGCAAACUCUGGGACUGGGAGAUGGAGAUGUUCCUGUCGUGGGCUGAGAAUGCUGGACUUGCUAAGAGGUUGAAAUAUGGUGGUGACAACGGCCCUGAGGCCGAUGGGUGGGUUGUGCAGGAGUGGUGGUGGUUGGCGUUUGCGACUGAU